AUGGCCGUGCAGCGCGGGCUGUUCGCGCCGCGCCGGGGCGACGUGGUGCUCGCGAGCGCGCCCAAGUGCGGCACCACGUGGCUCAAGGCGCUGGCGUUCGCCACCAUGGCGCGGGGCGCGCACCCGCCGGCGCACGACGCGGCGCACCCGCUCCUCCGCCUCAACCCGCACGACUGCGUGCCGUUCAUGGAGAAGCUGUUCGCCGAGGGGUGGGGGAGCCGGGUGGAUGCGCUGCCGUCGCCGAGGCUCAUGGCCACGCACAUGCACCACGCGCUCCUGCCCGCCUCCAUCGCCGCCAACCCCGACUGCUGCAAGAUCGUCUACAUAUGCAGGGAUCCCAAGGACAUGGUGGUUUCUAUGUGUCACUUCGGCAGGAGAAUGCAACCCAGCCUGUCGUUCCUCGACGUGUUAGAGCCGGCCUGCGACGGCAGCGGUUUGAGCGGCCCCAUCUUGGACCAUGUCCUCGGGUACUGGAAUGCCAGCAAGGCGAGCCCGGAGACGGUGCUGUUCCUGAGGUCCGAGCACAUGCUGCGCGACCCAGCCGGCGGCACCAGGAAGCUUGCCCAGUUCAUCGGGCAGCCGUUCUCGGAGGAUGAGGAGGCGGCUGGGGUCGUCACGGACAUCGUGACGCUGUGCAGCUUCGAGAAGAUGAGAAACCUCGACGUCAACAGGCCAGCAGGCUCGUCGUCGGCGUCUCCCGUCGGAGUGGUGCUGGAAGGCACCUUCGCUAAUGACUCCUACUUCAGGAGGGGCGAAGCAGGAGAUUGGGCCAACCACAUGGCGCCAGAGAUGGCCGGACGUCUGGACGCCGUCAUGGAAGAGAAGCUCCGUGGAUCUGGCCUCUCGUGUUCUCGUGAGUCGUGA